AUGAGCUCAGAAGAUUUGAUAGAACAGACUGUUCGAAAAAGCAAAAUAAAUUUUCGUGAUUUGACAGAAUUCACUAUUUCUCAAACAAUUGUAACUUACGCUGAUGGUACAUCAAGUGACAAUGAUGAUAGUAGACUUGGUAUAUCAAAACAAGAAGAAGAUUUAUUAUUGGAAACCCCAGUAAAAGAUACGCCGGAAGAUUAUGUUAGCUUGUAUCAACGUUGUUGGGAUGCUGACCUACUCGAGAAAUUAAUGGAGAAAUUAACAGAUGAUACAGAUGAAGUUGGAGUUGAUGCGUCGGGUUCUGACUCUAGUAACCAAUCUGGUAGUUUAAAACAUUUUGCGAAACCAGACGUGACAAUAUUCUUUACAAGCUUAAAACUACUUGCUAGAGGAAGUCGCGAUGGAUUUUAUACCAACAGUCUUUCAUGA